GCGCUCCCUGACAAAUCGAACGCAUUUCUUUCCAGAAGCAAGAUGCCUCCGCGCGCCCUCGCACGUCAGUCUUUGCCAUUGUUGUAAGAAUGACAGCCAAGGACGGCAGCUACGCUGCGUAGGAGGAGCUAGCGGCGUGUUUCCGCUAAAGAACAGGCCGAGGCAGCGAUCUAUGCAGCCCUACUGCUAGCUACCAGCAGCCGGACAGUUAGGAGCUAACGCAGGAAAUUGCUUAACUACAGUUUACUACGGCUUUAUUGCCGGGAAGCCGCGGUUUUACCUUUCGGGUUCGGGAACAACAACGGGCGGCAGCGAUGGAAGCCGAGUUUUGGGAAAUCGACGAAAAUAGGACUUGGAACUCCGUAUAUGAGGACAUUCGCCAGCAGUCUUGUGAAUUACCAUGCAAGGUUGCCAAAUUUCCCGAAAACAAGACUCGGAACCGUUACCGGGACGUCAGCCCCUUUGACCACAGCAGAAUCUGCCUGCAGCUGGGUCCAAACGACUACAUCAAUGCCAGCCUAAUAACUGCAGAAGAGGCGCAGAGGAAAUAUAUUCUUACUCAGGGUCCCCUUCCAAGUACAUGUGGUCAUUUCUGGGAGAUGGUUUGGGAGCAGAGGACCCGCGGAGUCGUGAUGCUGAACCGGGUCAUAGAGAAAGGCUCUAUCAAAUGUGCCCAAUAUUGGCCUCAAAGGGAGGAGAAAGAUGUCAUCUUCGAAGACACCAGCUUCAAGGUCACUCUCGUCUCGGAGGACAUCAAAUCGUACUACACAGUCCGACAGCUGGAGCUGGAGAAUCUGUCUACUCGGGAGACGCGUGAAAUUUUACAUUUUCACUACACGACCUGGCCUGACUUUGGGGUCCCAGAGUCUCCCGCCUCCUUCCUCAACUUCCUCUUCAAGGUGCGCGAGUCGGGCUGUCUGAAUGCGGAGCACGGGCCGGUGGUGGUACACUGCAGCGCUGGCAUCGGACGCUCCGGCACCUUCUGCCUCGUGGACACCUGCCUCCUUUUGAUGUCUCUCCGUAAAGACCCGUCUUCGGUGCGGAUCCGUGAAGUGCUGCUGGAGAUGCGUCGUUAUCGGAUGGGUUUGAUACAAACGCCAGACCAGCUUCGCUUCUCCUACCUCGCCGUGAUCGAAGGUGCCAAGUACAUCAAGGGAGACACGUCUCUCCAGGAGUCGUGGAAAGAGCUGUCGAAUGAGGAAGAUGAUCCUCCAGAGUUCACCCCGCCGCCUCCUCUUCCUCCUCCCAGAGACCCUCACAACGGCCGAGUGCAGCCAUGUUUUUUCCCAGAUGACGUAGACUUCAUCCAGCGUGUGGAAACGUCCCAACUGAGGUCUCCAGCAGACACAGAGCUGAGGAACAGAAACCCAGCCGCCCCGGAGCCGCCUCCCGACAGACGGGACGGGCCUGUGGGAAUCGGAGACUUGACCUCCGGCGCUCCGAGGAAACCCCAGCAGGGGGUGGCGGCGGCGGAGGACGGGACGGACGGAGCAGAGCGGGAGAAGGGAACCUGUCCUGUGCCCGGGGCCUGGUCCCCUCUGACGGCCCACGUGUGCCUGGGCACGGCGCUGGCCCUCAGCGCUUACGUCUGCUACCGCGUCUAUUUCCACUGAUGUCUGUCCUUCCUCCUUCCUGUCGUCUUUUCUCUUUCGUUCCAUGGUGUGGACUCGGCUGGCCGGUCAGCCUGCGUCGACGCGGUUCUCCUGUGAUCAUGUUGUAAACGGUCGGCUGCCUCUCUUUACCCAAAACCUUCUUUGUGUGUACGCCAUCUCCGACGCUCAGGGCCUCGCUUUUUCAGGUGCCACAUCCUAAAUAAACGUACGUGUGUGUGUGUGCGUGUGUGUGUGUGUGGGAGGAGGUGGGGGAGGGGCUGAGUGUGUGUGCCGACCCAACCACAGACGCAACAUAAAACAGACGUCGGUCUGCUAUGGCAAAGGGGUUUGCAUUGAGCACCUCCGCCUAAUUUACACGCUUCUUCUUUCUUAUUUACCAAAAUGACACCUUUGAAUGUUUUUCCAUUUUUAUCCUGGACACGUUUAGUAAGAGGCUGAUCAUGAUUUUGAUCAAGCUGGACUGAAAACAUGUCACUAAGGGAGAAGCUUUGUUCACACAAAGAGUUUAUGAAUGAAAGUGUGGAUUUUCAAUGAUCUCUGCACACUAGUUAUGCUUUUUUUAUUCCUUUGUACGACGAGGUAUUAGGGCCACUCUUGGAAAAUAAUUUAAAAUGAAAUUACGAGAAUGAAGUUGUAACACUUUAUUCUUUUAAUAUUACAACUUUAUUUUUGCAAUAUCAUGACGUUAUUCUCGAAAUUUUACGACUUUAUUAUCGUAACAUGACUUUACUCUUGUAAUUUUAAUUUUUCUUAGUAUGGCCCUAAUAUUUGUACAUUUGUGAAUCUAUUCAGUGAAAACUAUAGAUAGUUCCCACAUGACGUCACACUUCCUACAGCCUGGUGCUCUGCCACCUUCUUGAUAGUACGGAGGCAGCUUUAACACUUUAUUAAUUAUGCGUAAGCGAUGUUUGGAUAUUGUUACAUUUAAGGGUGUAAAUACAAAGGCGAUAAAACAGUGAAGAAGUUCUCGAUGCAUCCUGUAGAGGUGAGCAAACUUUGCUACUCGUGUUGCGUUCCAGUUAUCUGGAAAAAAAGGUAACUUGUUAAGAAGUCUGUAUUUUAAAAUGGCGUCGCCCACAAACAUUGUUUGCAAAAACUCUUACAAACAUAAAUUUAAGCUUUACUUCCCAAAAGCAAAUAUAACUUUCAAUUUUUCCAGUUUGUAGUUUCAGGCGCUACAUGUGGCAUUGAUUUUAGACGCACUUCUAUUCCGCAUGCGUCUCGUAAAAUUAACAUAUUUCCACCACGGUUUAAUAUGUUGAUGCCAGGAGCGGUCAUUUUGAACCGCAAAGUCCACCUUGCAAGUCGUAACUGGGGUUAGUUGGAGCUGCUCCCAGUUUGCUCAGUGGAAAUCUCACUUCGGAGAACGUUAGAGUUGGUUUAUCCCAAACGGGAAGUCGAAAUUUCCCAGUUCUGAGUUCAACUGGAACGCAGCGUUAGCAUCGAUGACAGCGGCUGGUUAAUGUCCAGAGGAAG